AUGCCUCCUUCAGUCACUCGAACGACGCUGAGAUAUGGCAUCAAUUACAGCCAGUCCGCAGCUUUCGAUGCCAAUAGCAUUGAUACAGGCUUCACCAAGCUCUCAACAGCUGAAACUGCUGGAUGGAAUGCACAGGACUCUGAUUCAUCGCCGACGACGGAGUCUAGGACUGCUUCUGGGGUGGCGCAUCGGCUGCAGGCCAGCCGUUCGGUGCUCUCAUUAGCUAUUGGCAGGCAUUGCGUAUUUGCAGGACUCCAAGGAGGAGACAUUGUUGCGUGGUCACUUUCGACUUAUGAGUCAAUAGCUUCAGUGGCAGCACAUCAGGAGAGCGUCCUUGGGCUUCAUUUGUCCCCAGAUAAGGAGCUCCUAUUUUCUAGCGGUGGAGACUCUACUGUCAAUGUUUGGUGCACAAGAACGCUGGAACAGUUGUACUCUAUAGAGUCUCAUCACGACCCUGGGGACAUUUUUACCGCUGUAUACUCCUCAGAUAGGGGAACGGUGUAUUGCGGUGGUCAGAACACGAGUAUACAGUGGUGUGACCUCCAACAAAGUGACAUACCACAGACAAUCGCGAACAAGGCAAAUAAGCCGCACAAGUUCUUUGACUCCACCGGCCCUGGAUCCACGGAGCCCAUCUCUACCCCUUGCCAAAAUGGGGUUGGGAACCAUCAUGGGCAAAAACUAUAUUUUAGAAAAGACCAGCACCGGCUCUUCGCUCACAACGGGUACGUUUAUUGCAUGAGACUUGUCCGGGGAUUGGUAGAAACUAGUGGUGGAGAGGUUCUUUUAACAGGAUCUGGUGACGGAUCUGUCAAGAUAUGGGAACUAGGCCAUGGCUCUGGUGUGGCGCCAAAAGAGCUUUUUACAUUGCAAAACAGAGACGAAUCGGUUUUAUCCAUCUCAGUUGACGGGACAUUCCUCUACUGUGGCCUCUCAGGAGGCGCAAUCAAUGUCUGGAAUUUGGAGUCGAGGCAGAUCAUCAAAACGAUCUCUAGCCAUACAGGCGACAUAUGGGCGAUUGACAUUAUUAAAGGGUUCAUUCUUAGUGGUGACUCAGAUGGUGUUGUGAAGAAAUUCAACUCCCGUUUUGAGGAACUUGGGAGCUGGACCGCCCAUGAUGGGAAGAUGCUCACAUCUACAUCUGGGAAUAUCAAGGAUAGAUGGAUCUUCGCAACUGGUGGUAAUGACAACACAGUUGCCCUGUGGGAUUUGACCGAUGAGAAAGCCGAUUCGCAGGAGAUACCUGCCAUUAGCAACGAUGAAAUGGUUAACACUCUGGCAAAAUUCAUUGCAUUCAAGACAAUUUCGGGUUGCUCAACCUUUGCUGGCGAAUGUGCCCAAGGAGCAAUCUUCCUCCGCAGGCACUGCAAGUAUCUAGGAGCUCAAACUAAACUACUCGGGACAGGCCAGAAGAAGAACCCCAUUGUGUUUGCUAAAUUCCCUGCGAAUGCACCCACAAAGAAGGACAAGUCUAUUCUUUUCUAUGGUCAUUACGACGUUGUCGGUGCUGGAGCGAGCCACCCUAAGUGGAAUACUGACCCAUUCCACUUGACCUCUCUAAACGGAUAUUUGUAUGGCCGUGGCGUCUCCGACAAUAAAGGGCCGUCCCUUUCUGCGCUUUAUGCUGCUGCAGAACUCUACCAGCGAAAGGAGCUAUCUUACAAUGUUGUUUUCCUUAUUGAGGGAGAAGAAGAGUCUGGCUCACAGGGGUUUGGACAAGCAAUCCGUGAAAAUAAAAUCUUGAUUGGUCCCAUUGACUGGAUUCUUCUGGCCAACAGUUACUGGCUAGAUGACCAUAUUCCCUGCCUGACGUACGGCUUACGAGGAGUAGUACACGCAAACAUUGUUGUAUCAAGCGACCAACCGGAUCUUCAUAGUGGCAUCGAUGGAAGUUCGCUACUCGACGAACCCCUCAAGGACCUGACAUUGCUUUUAGGAACUAUAGUUGGACCCAAAGGAGCCAUCAACCUUCCAGGUUUUCAUGAUCCAGUUCUACCACUAACAUCUACUGAAAAGGCACGCUACGACGCUAUUGCCGCAGCGUUACUACCGCACCACCCCGAAAUCAAGGACUUUGAAUCAUUUACAGAAUCUCUGAUGCAUCGUUGGCGUGAACCGUCGCUUACCAUCCAUUGCAUUGACAUUCCUAGCUGCAAGAAGUCGACUACCACUAUAUCAAGAAAGGCCAAAGCAUCACUGUCUAUUCGUAUCGUUCCAAACCAAGAGUCCAGCAAGGUGGCAGAAGACUUUAUCAACUGUGCUCAAGCCCAAUUUGCCGAGUUACAUUCCCAGAAUACCCUUACUGUCGAAAUUACCGGGACUGCGGAUCCAUGGCUUGGAGACCCCGAUAAUGAACUAUUUGAAACCCUUUCGCGUGCCGUGACAUUGACGUGGACCAAGGAAAAAAACGGCAGCCAGGGACACAGCUACCCUCCGUUGAAUAAAUCACAAUUACGCUCUCGCCCUGAACCAAUACAUACUGAUUCGACUGACAUCGCACAUAUCGUUACUUCUUCAUCUUCGCCGAAAUCGCCUGCUGCAAUGCAAAAACAGAGCAUUCCAACGUCUUCAACUCUUGUCGAUUUAUCAGCCGCCUCCAGUUCAAACAGUAUAAAAUCUAACCCAGAAAGCCAAAGCUCUCCCCGAGAACAAGGUACAUACUCUAUCUCUGGACAAGAAAACUGUAACGGUAGGAACCUCACCAAGCCAAUAUACAUUCGUGAAGGAGGAUCUAUCCCGACUAUCCGCCUUUUGGAAAAGGAAUUUGGUGCUCCGGCGGCUCAUUUACCCUGUGGCCAAGCAAGUGAUAACGCUCAUCUGGACAACGAACGUUUAAGGAUCCAAAAUCUGUACAACAGCCGUGAAAUUUUCAAGAGCAUGUUUUCUGGAAACUAA